ACGAAGUGUCUUAGGUAAAUGAUAAUUCGACCUGGGAAAAGUAUUUUCAAAGCAGAGAAUACACGACUGCAAUUACCAGAAAAAGAAACAACACCCCGGUCUUCCCAACUUCCCACCAUAUUCCAUAUAAUUAACAUAAAAAGUCAGAUACAGAGCGAGCGCUUCGACAGAGGAAAGUUCAGAGAUUAAAAAAUCACACGUAAAUUCCAACCGCCGAAACCGCCGACGUUCCGAGAACCGCGCGCGCGGUUGGUCGCAAAACUCUACCGCGAACAAGCGUACGUUUUCCAGGAAACCGGCCAAGUCGUCGCGCUCCGCUCCCUCUACCCCUCCCGCGCUGACAGCCGCUCAACGCAACCCGCUAUGCUCUCCCGAACAAACGGCCAGUAUACCGCGAACGUACGACGACGAUGGAUGACGGCACGGAAAAUCUCAGUGGAGAGUGCCAGCGUACUCUGCGGCUCCUGGAGAUGCUAAAACGCACGCACUACGAGCUCGUCCAGGAGAACGGCCAGCGGCGGCUGACGGCGCCGGAGGUGGUGCGCGGCCAGUGUCAGCGCGGCAAAGGUGCGGAGGUGUUCCUGGGCCGGUUGCCGCGCGACUGCUACGAGGACGAGCUGAUGCCGUUGCUGGAGAAGGUCGGCCGGCUGCUGGAGCUGCGGCUGAUGCUCGACUUCUCCGGGUCGACGCGCGGCUACGCGUUCGCCCUGUACGAGGAGCCGCGGAUCGCGCGCAGGGCUUGCAGCGUCCUCGACGGCCACGAGAUCCGGCCGGGGCACCGCAUCGGCGUUGUCAAAUCCAUGGACAACUGCCGCCUCUUCUUCGGCGGCGUACCCAAAAGCAAGACCAAGGAGGAGUUCCUGUCGGAGCUGACCAAGAUAUUGGACGGCAUCAUCGACGUCUACCUGUACCCGAGCGCGCACGAUCGCACGCUCAACCGCGGCUUCAUCUUCGUCGAGUUCAAGGACCAUCGGGCGGCCGCGAUGGCCCGGCGCAAGCUGAUACCGGGCAAGGUGAUGCUGUGGGACCACGAGAUCGCCGUAGAUUGGGCGGACCCGGAGCCGGGCGAUCCGGUCGACGAGGACAUCAUGGAAACGGUGACUGCUCUGUUCGUGAGGAAUCUCACGCUCGAAAUGUCGCAGCAGAAGGUAAGGGAGGUUUUCCACAGGCACACCAACGUACCGAUACUGAAGCUGAAGAAGAUCAAUCACUUCGCUUUUAUUCACUACGAGAAUCGCGGAGCCGCGCAGGCCGUAAUGGACAUAAUGCAGAAGUCGAAUAGCGUGGUCGAGAAGGAAGGCUGGGAGAUCCGCUGGGCGAAGCCUAUCGGAGCGUCCAAGUUUAUCGAGAGGCAACGGUACAUUCGCGAGGCCGUGGCCAAUUCGGGUGUGCGGACUGCUUCGAAAGGAGGGUACCCGAAACAAGCUCACGGCAAAAGACGCGGCUCGAAGGCGCACGUGAAGAUGCACGAAGACGAGGGCAUUUAUCUGGCGCAGAUGAAGAUCUUGCAGAACCUCAUCAGGGAACACUACGACGCGGUGUGCGUAUUCAACUGCCUGCCGAUAGAGAAUACGACGAAAUACGUGGGCAAAGUAACCGCCUACAAAGAACAGAUGGUGCUCUUCGAGUUUCACGGGGAACCGAUGACGUCGAAGCAUACAGCCAUCAGCGCGGUGUCGGUGAAAAUGUAUCACUAUUUAACGAGCACAUUCGCAAAGAACGGUAUAUUUACAGUGGAGCAACCACCUGGCCACGGCCAUUACAUCCAACCAACAAUGAACGUUAAUCCUAUGAUUGCUGUGCCGAUUACUUGGUAG